ACCCGCCGUUGAUGACAAUAACAACAGCACCACCUGCCAACCUUUUCCGCCGAAAUAACCUGGACCUGCUGAUGAGGUACCCCAGGUGGCAUUGGAACAAAGACCUGUGUUUAUAUCGACGUCAACGGGGCGCUGGCUACCCCCUCCUUCGGAGUGCAUCUUGAACCCCAAGCUUCAAGACAACAUAUCGCCCACCAUGUAUACAUCAGUAGUAAGGCUACAGAAUGUAUUUGGCUUUUUCACAACUGUCGCCUUUGUAGUCGCGGCCUUCAUCGCCGCCUCCGACUUUCUUACCGAACGGGCGCCCAUUGUUCGAACCCUCAAGACAACCAGUGUCCAAGUUGUCCGAGGCCGACCGCACUACUACAGCAGCAAAAAGGAAGAAUACGCCGUCAUCAACUUCUCCCUCGACGCCGACCUCUCCUCGCUCUUCACAUGGAACACCAAGCAAGUCUUCGUCUACGUAACCGCUGAGUGGCCAGCCGCCGACCACGCAAAGACGAACGCAACCAACGAGGCCGUGAUCUGGGACACCAUCAUCACCUCCCCCAGUGCCGACCACCUGGCCAACAUUGGUCCUGUGGCCAUGAAGAAGCUGCGGAAGAGCGCGGGCGGGAAGAGCAUCGAUCCUAACCGCGGCAAACUCUCACUCAAAAACCAACGCCACAAGUACAAAAUCACCCACCCCUCCGGAAAGCUCGCCAUGACCGACAAUGUCACCCUCCGUUUGCACUACAACGUCCAGCCGUGGGUUGGUCUACUCACCUGGGACCAGGACGUCGACUACGGGUACUGGAAGGCUCUGAAGAACGGGGUGAGCAAGCGCUUCAAGUUGCCUGCGAUUAAGGAGAAGAAGCCGGCGUCGGCGGGCGCCCGGUAGCCGUGACAUGGUAUGGGAGAUGCAGGAGGGGCGAGAAAUAAGGAUAACUAGCAUAUCUAGAGAAGAAAGCGUAAUAAAAUUAUGAUAACGCC